UACAAAACACAGACACUGCAUGCUAGUCACAACGGGACUGUAACACCACAACAACAACAACAAAAUGAAGGUGAGCGUGGCUAAUUUGGAGGGCGCCCUCAUCAGUCUUGAGGUGAGUCCGGAGAUCGAGCUCGAGAACUUCAAGGUCUUGGUGGAGAUGGAGGCAGAGCUCUCGUCGAGUCAGUGCGUCAUUCUCUACAACGGAAGGCCCAUGUUGGAUAUGAAGAAGACCUUGAGCGGGUACGGUGUUGCUGACGGUGAUGUCCUCCUGCUCCAACCAAGGAUGAUGAUGCCCCCACAGAAUCCGCAAGCACCUGGCCAACUGCCAGACUUUAGCAACAUCAGAAUACCAAGACCCUCCGCAGCGCCUGCGCCGACUGGGGCGGGGCCAUCCAGUGGAGCGGUUCAAAGACCUGGAGGCGGAGCCAUCGAGGAGGACCCAGCUAGACUGAUGGAGAUGCUGAAGUCCAACCCAGCCGAGAGGGCUAUCCUGAAAGAGAGGAACCCACCGCUAGCAGAAGCCCUGGAUGAAGGCAAUCUACAAAAAUUUACCGAGGUGCUAGGUGGACAGCGUAAAGAGAGAGCAGAGCGGGAGAGACAGCGUAUUCUGCUGCUGAAUGCAGACCCCUUUGAUCUCAAUGCACAAACCAAGAUAGCAGAAGCUAUAAGAUUGCAGAAUGUAGAAGCCAACAUGGAAACUGCCAUGGAGCAUGCACCAGAGAGCUUUGGUCAGGUUGUCAUGCUGUAUAUUGAUUGUACGGUCAAUGGUCAUCCUGUCAAAGCCUUUGUAGAUUCAGGAGCCCAGAUGACUAUCAUGAGUCAGGCUUGUGCUGAGAGGUGUAAUAUCAUGAGACUGGUAGAUAAACGAUGGGCGGGCGUGGCCAAGGGCGUCGGCACACAAAAGAUCAUCGGCAGGGUACAUCUAGGUCAGAUUCAGAUUGGUGGUAUUCACCUUCAAUCAUCGUUCUCAAUCCUGGAAGAUCAACCUAUGGACAUGCUUCUGGGUCUCGAUAUGCUCAAAAGACAUCAGUGCUGUAUAGACCUAAAGAGGAACUGCCUGGUCAUAGGAACCACAGGGACGGAGACGCCAUUCCUCAGCGAGGCCGACAUACCGGUAGUAGACCGUAACAGCCAAGGGGUGCCUAUGGACAUGAGAGAGGCAGAAGACAGGCAUCUAGCAGAGGCACUAGCCAAAUCAGCUGCAGAAUCAGAUGGACCUUCAACAUCAGGCUCUGGCAGGAUCUUAGGGUCACCAUCGGGCUCCACCCCCUCACCGUCUUCAUCCUCAUCCUCAAGCGCUGCCGCCUCUCGAAUGUUCCCCGAAGCGGACGUCAAGAAGCUCGUCGACAUGGGCUACCUGCGGGAUCAAGUCCUCGAGGAACUCAGGAAAAAUGGAGGCAAUGUGAACAAAGCCAUGAUGGGCCUCUUUGCAAAGUCAGUAUCGGUUCCAAAACGGUGACCCACUCGCGAGUGUGAACAGUGUCCUCGGCGUCAGGAUUUCAUUCCGAUAAUUUGUUACAAGUUUUGAUAUAUCCUGUUUCUGAUAGUGUCUUUGAGUUUUCCUCCCCUGAUACGUUAGUAUCUCAGCGAGUCAAGUGCUUCCAACUGCUAUUUCAAAAAAAAAGUUGGGUUCUGGUAAAGUUGAAAAAUAAUUUGCAAAGUAGAAAUGUCCCCUGUAUAGGAUUCUUCUUCAAAUUUUCUCAUAUUCAGAUUACGAUAGGAACUAGCAGGAAAGUUUGGACCAAGCUUCAAUGCCACACAUGUUUGUAGUCCCAUAAACCCGUUUCUCUGUGCAGUGCACGUGACUUCCAGCAAGAUCGAGUCUAUCUCUUAUCAAUUUGAUGAUUCCUAAACCUCACAGUAUACACAAAUUCUGAUGUACAUGUACUUCAUAAUCAUCCUUUUCCCAAUUGCUCUAACUUUAUUUCACAAUGUAAUUGCAUGACCAGAACUCAACUUUAUCUUAAACCCCAACAGCAUUAUGCUAUUCACAAAAAAAUUAUUGAUCUUGGGUUGUUUAUUAUUACACGUUAUGUAUGUGUUUUAUUUACCCCAAAAGCGGUCGGGUUAUUUUGACCAACUCACUGCCGCGGAUGACCAAAGCGUAAUGCAAAUUGACACUAAGGUAUAUCAACUUUAAUUGAACGUCCUGAUGGAGUUUUUAAAGAUGUCUUGAGUAUAAGUAAUGAUUUUUCAUGCGUUUAUACUUGGAAAUGUGGUAUUAGAAUUUGUAUAGAACCUUAGACAAAAUGAGGAAAGAUUGGUGCAAGUCAGAAAAAUAACCAAUAUGUUUUAAACAAUUAAAAAAAAAAAAUAAAGACGGCAUAUCCCUUGGUCCCUUCAGAAAUGAAGGUUUAUACGGUUUUUAUUCUAAAAGAGUUACAGUGGUGGCUCUAAUAUCUAGAUAUCUAGGUACCCAGCACAUAAGGUACCAUCACUUGUGCAGCCUUACUAUUUAUUUUGUGGAGUUUGAGGCUUUGGUCUUAAACUAAUUUUAUUUGUCAUCAGUUUUCCUUUGGCAAUACCUCAUCACUGGAAACUUACGCACAUAUGAAAUGGUUGCGAAUUUCGCAAGUUGUUGAGAUUCCCGAAACUUUCAUGCAGCAAAGUGAUGGAAUCACAACUGACGCAACAAUGAGUUGUGCAAUUCUUGAAGCUUCUUGCCGUGAAAAUCCCUGUCAGUUACUAAUCACAGAAGUUUCAUAUGGUGAAAGUUUCUUUAUUUACGGACCAGUAUUUGUGACACAUUCCAACCGUUCCCAACAAUUUAUAAUAAACAUAAGUUCACUGAACUUUUGUUAGUGUUGCAUGUUUGCACCACAUUCUCAAAUACAUUUUGCAACACAAGUUAAAGACUGUUAAUCAUUGCACCGCAUACACUCUCCUUUUGUUGUUUUAUUACAUAGCUUAGAGAACGUAGUGGCAUGAAAAGGCGCUUUCGGAACGCUAAAUGCAUAAUAUUUCAUGAUGUUUGUGAAUUAAAGGUUCUUUUUUUACCUAUCUGAAUGAAAUUUUAAUACACAUUGGCCCGAAUUCACAAAGGAUAUUUGUCAACAAACCUAGGUUUAUGUGCGUCAUAUGACGCGUUUUGACUCACAUAAACCUAGGUUUGUCAACGAACCUCCUUUGUGAAUUCGGGCCAUCAAGCGUAAUCAAGAUAGUUCAUGUUUUUACCAGCUCUAUAUUCUGACAAUGUGGUUCUACCUCUACAUGUAUACCAUAAAAUGAUGGAUUUGCAUCAAUUACGCAUUUUGUGUUACGUGCCACUUCAUUUCGCUAAGCUACCUUAUAAGAUGACAAGAUUAAUCUAUUGUAUGUUGUGCAGAAGCAACGUUUUAAAGUUUUCAUCCAUAUAUAAUAUAUUUUGUUUCAGUGUGGACAUGCACACCUAGAGCCUUAGAUAACCAAAGAAAAUCUUGUUAUGGGUAAAUCAAUGCUUGCAAUAUUGUCUUGUUUGUGUCCAGCUGGUUAUCUCAUGGAAUUGUGAAGCAAACGCUCAUAGCUACUCGUUAUUAUCGUCACUUUGUACCUUGUAACAGUAAUGUGAUUAAUACCAGAAGCAUUUAUAUCUUAGAAGGGAUUCCUUGUUGUUUGGGUUUAUUAUGUCAUUGUCUCUUGAGAUUUUUUUAAAUAUUUUGAAAUGGCUCAUAUUUGACUCGGCACAUGUCAUUAGUUGUUUCAAUCAAAUUUACACCGUUUGUGUGUGAUAUUGUUUUUUAAAUUUCUUUGUUUCUUGUUUUAUCAUCUCUUUAAGAAAAGAAAAGAAAUUGUUUUUAAUUCAUUUUUAUCUAAACAGGGUAACCCUCUCAGUAAUGUGGCCCUGUACAAAUUACAGGUUACAAAACUUACAAAUAAAGAGGAAUUUAACCAAGUUUAAAUACAUACAUUGGCUAAUAUUUCACUCAGCAUAAAGCAUAUGUUGUUUAAAUUAAAAAAUGACUCUCGUCUGUGUUUGAUGUCAUUUCAUGCCUGAAAAACCCAAAUGACUUGUAUCCAGACAUGUCAUUGCGGCGGUAGAGUCAUACAGGUAAUUUUCUACAUUCAAAGAUCAUGCAAGCAGUUUUUAGUGGUGGAUAGACCAAUCAGCCAUGUUUUGCCAGAUCAGGUCCCAGUCUCACAAAGAGUUACGAUUGAUCCAAAUUAAUCACAAGUCCUCCAAUCAAUGGCAAGUUUGCAGUCUCCCAUCUCUUAUAUACAUAGUUGCGAUUGAUAUCAACUCUUUGUAAGACGGGGCCCUGGGCACCAUUUCAUGUAACCAGUUAUAAGUUAUAAUAACCAUUAUAAGCUACUGAAAUUGCUUCAUUUGAUCGGCUGUGAGCAAAUUUGUUAAAGAAACUUGUUACUGAUUAAAAAAAAAGGGGGCCUUUGUGAAACAGGGUCCUGUCUAUUAUGUUUUUAUGAUUAAUCUUAUUGGCAGUCUAUACUUAUACAACACAUGUAUCUCUAUAGGUUUUGUACAAAAAGAAGGACAAUAAUGAUUUGUUUCAAUUUCUUGUACAAAUGCAUGUAUUCAUCAAAUUGUUGGACAGUUGCCCAAUUCGUCCUAUAGAUCAAUCUGCCAGGCCAUUUUCAGUGUGUGUUUGAGUAAACGGGUUUUCAACAAGAUCUGUAGUUGAUUUAAUGUCAUUUAAUGAAUUUUGCGGUGUUCUAACUUAUGGACAUAUCUGACAUUUGCUCUGGGCUUUAUUUAAGUGUGACGUAGUGUCGUGAUCACAACAGCCCAAAACACUGAAUUUGCCUUGCUCCAGCCCGUUUCUUAAAUGAUUUCCUGGUGAACCUCAUGUGCAGGCUCUGUUGUUAAGAACCAGUAACCUUGACAACGAGCAAAUAUGACGUGCACACCUUGGUGCUCUAUAGGAGUUUAGGAAUGCACAUGUUUUUUAUUAAGAGUACAUGUACACAAGACUUGGUUUGAUCGAGUUUUAUUUCCAACAGAAUAGCCCCAUUAUUAACCAAAUGGGUUUAGGGUUAGGGUUAGGUCAACAUAGGUAUAGUAUGGGGGCAUGUAGGGUUCUGGGUUGAAGUGAAGAAUAUGACCUGAAAUUGACUCUGGAACUUGGAAGUCACUGUAGUGUGUACUGUGUAUGCUAGUUUUCAAAUCAACCUCCUUGUGUAUGAUGUAUCCCUUCCAUUCAGAAACCCUCCAC